CCCAGCAUGGGGGAGAGGGAGAGGGAGGGGUUGAGCUGCCUGGUUUGAAAGGGACUGAAAUGUCCUUCAUAUAAACCGGUGACAAAGUGGCGAGCAGCGGCCACACAGAGAGCAGGACACCGAGCACCGAGCAGCCGCUGGAUCCGCGUCAACACACCGGGGAGAAACACCGAGAGGAAACUAAUCCGGAGCAUUCAUCACCCACCGACAGACCUGUGAUUGGCUGUAGAGAUGGGUAUCACCUGUCGUCCACUGUUAUUGGCUGGAGCUUAUCUAUUGGCUGCUCUGAUUGGUGGAGCCCACUCUGAUGGGGUGUGUCUUCAAGAUGCUAAGCACAAGCCGACGCCCAGCCCAGAGCCGAACCUGAGGGAGUGUGGGCUGUACGCUGACAAUAGCUGCUGCACAGAAGAAGACAUCCAGGAUAUCUCCCAUGUUCCCUCUGCUCUCAACAAGAACAAACCUUGGGACAAGUGUGGGACUCUGAGCUCUGAGUGUGAAGGUUUCCUGAAGCGAGUGUCAUGUUUUUACCGCUGCUCCCCGGACGCCGCCCGCUGGCCUCACCCUCAGCGCCGCUCGUACAUCCAGGCGGUGCCGCUCUGCCACAGCUUCUGCCGUGAUUGGUUUGACGCCUGCAGGAUGGACAUGACGUGCGCUCGUAACUGGGCCAGAGACCCCCGGGGACAGAACUGCUCUGGAACCUGUGUUUCCUAUCAGCAGAUGUACCAGCACGGCAGGGACCUCUGUGAGAGCCUGUGGGGCGACGCCUUCAUGACGGUGGAGGACGAGCCCGAGGACGCUGGAGAGAACGGAGGAGAAGGCGAUGGCGGCCGUCCCUGCGGCUGCCUGACCCUCAGCCCCUCGGACAAGGACGUGAUCGCCGCCCUCAGGGCCCAGCAAGACGACCCCGAGGAGCUGGACACCACCAAGACCGGCCUGCCUCAGUACCGGGCCCCGUGCCAGACCAAGCUGCCCCUGCAGGCCAGAGUCAACAGGAAGGGAAACUCAGUGCUGCGCAAACGCUCGCUGGUGGUGGACGACGUGGAGGGGAGUGGAAGCGGCUUGUAGAGAAAGAGAUAUUUAGGGAUCGCUGUCUAGAUCUGUCUCUAGAAAAUGGAGAUGCUCCUCACUAACCCACAGACCCACACUGUCCUCAUCGUCCUACGUAUAAUCAAUGGUUUUAAAUAACAUUUGGUAUAGGGUAGACACUAACAACCUCAACAGCCAGGAUUUAAAACCCCUAAAAGGUGCGUUCACACCGGAAUAUUAGCAUCACUUUGACCACGGCAUCAUUUGUGUUUACUCCUGUCACUCAAACUGGUGAGGAGGCGGGGCUUAUCUCAAUCUAGAUACCGACAACAAAAACAUCAACACAUUUUGCCGUGUUUUCAUUGUAAUACACUUAUUAAAUGAUGCCGACACAACCACAUACUGAUACCCAUUAGUAAAAAAACAUGAAUUAAUACUUUGGUGAGUGUGUUCCCAAGCCAUCAGAUCGAUCAGACUAGGCUAAGCUAACAUAUAGCCGUAGUAUUACAUCAUACAGAUAUAAAUAAAGCAGCACAUUCAUUCACCAUGCCACAGAUACAUUUAUAAACACUGGUAUUUGUCCAGUUUCUGAAGAGAUAUGAGGAACUGUGAGCUCUGUGUGCCGUCGCCCAGAGCGGAUUGGCUUUUGCAUGAGUUGCCAUGCAAAAUGAAUUCACUCUGCAUUCCGAUGUGAACGUACCAUGAGGCUGAGUUAGAGGCAAAAUCCUUUAUUCUACAAGGGCUCUCAAUAAAAAAUUAAUAUAUUGAUAACAUCCCAUUAUAGCUAACCCUAACACUAAGAAAGACUGGAUUUUAUUUCUCACAGUCAGGUAUUUUAGCAGCUUUGCAAAGUCCAUGAUGCACACAGAAGUCGUGCAGCAUUAGUGCAUGAAUCAAACCUCAUUACCCAGAAUGCUUCACAUGACAGUAUUGCAAACAUGACACUCUUCACUUCCCUGCUUCUCUUUUCAAUCAUCUAGGCGACUUUAAUGUGCACUAGUCAAAUGUGAAAUGCUGUUGUGAUGCUGUAUCGUGCGGUCUACAUGUCAUAGUGUAAAACAAAGGUCACGCAGAGUAAUGAUAAUAAUGAAUGUAGAUUAACAGAGAUUACCGGCCUGGAGGUAAAGGGAUCUGGAACGAUACGGAGAGUUAAUACCAGAGUGUUGGUUUGAUAUUCAGAGUCGGCCUACCGGACAUGUAUCUGAGGUAGUGUUCUUUUUUUAUGUACUCCAUGUAUAUCUAGAGCAAGGCACUGUUAGAUGUAAAUGUUUUGUAAAAUACAAAGGGAGACUGAUUUGUUGGUUUUAUGGAAAGUUUGCAGGUGUUUCUGUGCUUUACGUUCUCAAUAAAGACAAUAUUUCUAAAUGCCGAA